UAAACCCUAAGGCAGAGCCAUCACAGCUUCAGAAAAAUGAGCCAAAUUUCAGGCUUUUUGCUUCGUCCUCCAUUUCUGGUUUUUGGGUUUUUCUUCAUUUCAUCUUUUAUGUAUUGUUCUGAUUAAUUUCGCCCUAACUUUUCAAUGAGGCUUUGGAUUGCUAUGCUGACAUUGUUGGGUUUUUCGUCAUCUCCAUGAAGACUAAGGAUCCGAAUCGAAAACCCAAUUCGAUUUCCGGGCGACCUGUAAGAAAACCUGGUCAAACGAAUCAAACCCAGACAAGGAUUGUGAUUGAGAAUAUCUACGAGAGCAGAGCUGAGCCAAGUGAUGGCGUGGCGGUGCAGAUGACCCUCUUGUUCUUCACAGCCCGUCCCACCUUUUGGGUUCGAGCCUCCAAGAUCGCCAUUUCCCAUUUCCACAGUCUUGCCCAUGGAGGAGCUCGACCUCAAAUAGAGGUAAUAUCAAACCCAGAGGCUUGGUUUGUUAAGGUUGUUUGCACUCUCUUUGUUCGCUCGCAUGCUUUGGAUUCUUACUUGGGUUAUCUUAGUAAGAACUUGACGCCUUCUAUUGCUUUCGAGGUUAUUAGACGGCUAAACCAUCCGAAACUGGGGUUGAAGUUCUUUGAGCUUAGUAGGCUCAGUUUGAGUGUUAACCAUAGUGUAUGGACGUACAAUUUUCUUUUGAGGUCUCUAUGUCAAAUUGGUCUUCAAGAUUCUGCUAAGUUGGUGUUUGAUUACAUGAGGAGUGACGGUCAUACGCCUGAUGAUUCGAUUGUAGAACUAUUGGUAUCAUCCUAUGCCCAAAUGGGCAAGUUAAAUAACGCUGAGAAACUUCUUGAUGAGGUUCACUGUGGUGAGGUUAGAUUGUCGCCUUUUGUGUACAAUAACUUGUUCAAUGUGUUGGUUAAGCAGAAUAAAGUAGAGGAGGCUGUUUGCUUAUUUAGAAAGCAUAUGGGUUCGCAUUGUCGUCCGGAUAGUUGGACUUUCAAUAUUCUAAUUCGAGGUUUAUGCAAAAUUGGAGAAAUUGAUAAGGCUUUUGAGUUUUUCAGUGAUAUGGAGAGUUUUGGUUGUUACUCUGAUAUCGUUACAUACAACACACUAAUUAGUGGACUUUGUAGGGCUAAUGAAGUAGAUAGAGGGUGUCAUUUACUCAAGGAGGUUCAGUCAAGAAUCGAACUUUCACCGGAUGUUAUAACUUUUACGUCAGUCAUAUCAGGCUACUGCAAAUUGGGUAAGAUGGAGGAGGCCUCUGUUCUUUUUGAUGAGAUGAAUAAUUCUGGAGUUGGACCAACUUCUGUUACUUUUAAUGCAUUGAUUGAUGGAUUUGGUAAGUCUGGUAACAUGAUUUCUGCACUUGCUAUGUAUGAGAAAAUGCUCUUUCAUGGUUAUCGCCCGGAUGUUAUAACCUUCACUUCCCUAAUUGAUGGCUAUUGUCGAGCUGGGAAACUGAGUCAGGGAUUAAAGCUUUGGCAAGAGAUGAAUGCAAAAUAUGUAUCACCAUCUGCAUAUACGUUCUCUGUCCUUAUUAAUGCUUUGUGCAAGGAGAAUAGACUACAGGAGGCGCAUGAGUUUCUGAGGCAAUUGAAGUGGAGUAAUGUCAUUCCACGACCGUUUAUAUAUAACCCUGUGAUAGAUGGAUUUUGUAAGGCUGGCAAUGUUGAUGAGGCAAACCUAAUUGUGGCAGAGAUGGAGGAGAAGAGAUGUAGCCCUGAUAAAGUGACAUUUACCAUUCUCAUACUCGGGAAUUGUAUGAAAGGGAGAAUGUCAGAGGCAAUUAGCAACUUUGAAAGGAUGUUGGCGAUUGGAUGUGCCCCAGACAACAUCACCGUAAAUUCUUUGAUAUCUUGCCUCAUGAAGGCUGGGAUGCCUAAUGAAGCCCAUCACAUUAAGAAAAUUGCAUAUAAGGAUCUGAAUUUGGGUAUGUCACCUUCACGAAGAGCUGAUCAUUUGAGAGCAAAUGCAAAAAUUACAGUGGCUGUUUGAUUGAAGCUCUACCACAAAAGUGGAAUUAGAACACUGCUUGCAGUGGUUGGACAAGAUCCUCCCACAAUGGUAGUUCAAAGUAUCAGAAUGAAGCAUGGGCAGUUUGUGACACAAAUGAGUCGACAACUAGCCAGCCCUACACUCCGCAAGGUUAUACUUGUUCAUGUUCCGGCUUCUCAGCCACCAUGGAUCUAGUGUCAUGGCAAGGCAAAGGGGGGGAGGGAGGAAUUACAAAGCUUCACUGAACAAAUCACUUCGCAUAGAAUAAUUUUUGUGCAUACUUGUCUAUGUUAAUUACUUCAAACGUAUCAGCAAGUGCGUAUGUCAUAAUUGAUUUGCUCGUCUCGUUUCAUAUUGAAGGCUUGCAAAUGAUUCUUCUAAAUUAUGAAAAUCAUUGCCACCAGCACCAAGGAUGCUUUGCCACGUUACCC